UCAGAAAUCAUUUGUUCGCCCUCCACUCAACACAACACUAAGCUCCAGCAAAAUGUACUCCAAGAUCAUCCUUGUUCUUGCGCUUGUCGCCGCCGUCAGUGCCCAGUCUUACUACGGACAUCAGCAACAGUACCACCAUGAGGAAGAGCAUCACGGACCAGUGCACUACGAGUAUCACUACGAUGUGCAUGAUGAUCACACGGGUGACGUCCAUGGACAGAAGGAGGCCCGCAAGGACGACUCUACCCAGGGCGAGUACUACCUGAUCGAUGCCGAUGGCCACAAGCGCACCGUCACGUACCACGUUGAGGGUAAGAGCGGAUUCAUCGCUGAAGUGCACCGUGAGCCGAUCAAGGGAUACCAGGCGCCUCAGCCACAGUACCAUCAGCAGGCUUCGGCUCAUCAAAACUACCAUUACUAGAAGAUUUGAUGAGAAAGCUUCAAUUUAGUCAAUUAAUUAGUCAAUUGGAUGGUGUAAUAAAACAACACAACAUAUCUUCGUAUGUGAUUUGUUUG